CCAGAAGCCUUUGAGCAUUUCUGGGAAAGGCCACGACUUCCUGAAAGGCUGAGGAAAAGGGAAUAACAGCAACACCAGCCGCUCCUUAGUAUUUGCAAAUAACGAGUUGCGUGCGUAGGAAGGGGAUUCAAGAGCACAUCUUUUCUGCUCCCAACAGUUGCCAGGGUUUCUCCUUAUUUGAAUACACCUUUUGGGAGUGUUUUCUGUGGGCCAACAUGGGCUGCCGGGAUGUUCAUGCAGCGACAGUACUGGCCUUCCUCAGUGGAACAGCCUCGGUAGCAGGCCUUUUUGCUGCAGUUUUACUUCCUAACUGGAGACUGAUGAGGCUGCACACAUUCAACAGAAAUGAAAAGAAUCUGACCGUUUACACUGGACUCUGGAUUAAGUGUGCACGCUUUGAUGGAAGCAGAGACUGUGUGAUAUAUGACACAGAGUGGUACACAGCAGUCGAUCAGCUGGAUUUACGGGUUCUCCAAUUUGCGCUUCCCUGUAGUAUGCUAACUGCUGUCUCCGCUCUGCUGCUGUGUUUGAUCGGCAUGUGUAACACGGCCUUUGUGUCAAAUGUACCAAACAUCAAACUUGCUAAAUGUCUUGUAAAUAGUCCAGGCUGCCACCUUGUGGCUGGUCUGUUGUUUCUACUUGCAUGUGCCAUUUGUCUCACACCAUCAAUCUGGGUAAUUUUUUAUAACAACUACCUGAACAAAAAAUAUGAGCCAGUUUUUACCUUUGAUAUUUCAGUGUAUAUUACCAUUGCCAGUGCAGGAGGCCUGUUUUUCACUUCAGUUCUGUUAUUUCUGUGGUAUUGUGCAUGCAAAACCUUACCGUCCCCAUUCUGGCAGCCUCUCUAUUCCCAUGCCUCGAGCAUGCCUAGCUAUGCCUCCCAGCCCUAUUCUGCACGAUCUCGGCUCUCUGCCAUUGAAAUUGACAUUCCUGUUGUAACACAUGCUUCUUAAAGAAAACAAAACGUGUUUCGAAAGCCAAAUGUUUAUUCUGGCUCAAACCUUGGAAAUUGAAGGCCUGAUUCUCUGCUGCUUUGCCUCAUGUUUAAUCAUUUACACCUGUGCAAAGUGGAUGUAAUAUAUUCCCAAAUCAGACUGUACAAGGUUGAAGACCAUAGAGAAUUGGGUCCACAAUAUUUUUAAGUCUGUUACUUUUUAAUGUAUUUCUGACCGAUCUCUUCUUUGAAUUUACUCCUAGAAAAUAUUGACUGCUGCUAAUGCUGUAAUGACAUGCCAUUGAUCAAAAAUAAUUUUUACAGAGACCUUCUGGCACAUCCACUCCUCCUCCUGCUUAUUCAGACCAAAGGUGUUUUGAACUUCUUUACUGAUUUGAUGAGGUAUUCCUAGGUCCCGAUCCUGCAAUAAGAAUUAUAUAGGUAGACCCAUUCCACUGUGCAUUGCCCUACUAAAGACAAUGGGGCUUUUUGUGGGGUUCCCAUUGCAGGAUGGCACACUCUGAAGAAUGUGAUCUGCCAGUUGGAGCAGGAGGAUAAGUAGGAAAUGGGCUACAAAGUCUUGCAUGUAUUUUGGGAUGUGAUCUCUGAAAACAGUAUUUGACAAACUAAUUAAGUCUUGUUACCAUGUUCUUUGUUUUCCACUGUGCAUAAACAAAACCCAUCUGCUUAUGAACUUCAAAUGCAGCAUUAGUGUCAAAUUACCCUUUAAUCUCAAAGUAAAAAUCAGAGAUUUUAAAAAAAAAAAACAGUUCAACUAAUAGUUCUCAGUCCUAUUGCAAUGGCCUAGGCUAAAUCUCAGAGGUUGGGAUUUUUUCCCUGCUCUUCUUCAGUGCAUUUUCAUUCCAUUCAGUGGAUUUUGAUAAAUUAUGAAUCUCAUCAGAUUUUUCCAUUUUAUGAUUUAUUUAAAAAUACCACUUGUAAUUCAAACAUUUUGGUUUAAAACUUGAAUAUUGUAUUUUAAGGGGCGUCGUCAUCGAGUAGUACAAGCCUAAAAUGAAAACUGCUUUAGCAUUAUUCUGUUCUGGAGCAGAAUGUCCUCCAGAUUUCAAAUGUAUUGCAUAAACCUUGAACAACUUUACAGAAUAUUGAACACUAUUUGCUAUAUUAUAAACAGGCUACAGGGAAGCAGAUUGUAACCACAUGGGGAAAGAUUCAUCAUUCUGGAUGUCUUAAUGUAUAUAUUAAUGAAAACAAGCUUAUGUAUUUUCAAAGGUGAUAUUAAUGGAAAGUUGUUUUUUUUUUUAAACAGUGGUUGUCAGGCUUUUCAGGCUAUAUUUUAUUUAUUUAUAGAUAAGGAUUUCACCUUUCCAACCCUUGGCUUCAAUAUCUCUCCCCUAUUCAAUUGUUGUUGUUUUUUUGACCCAAGUUGGUUUCUAGGCUCCCUUUGAAGAGAAGUUUCCAUCCCCCUAAAAUGAGGUCCCUAGUCAUCUGUAAGCUUCAUAAGUAGACAUAUAAGCUAAGAUUUUUCAAAGUUUAAGUGAUUAUAAACCCUAAUUUGAGAUACAUUAAAGGACCCUGAUUUUUCAUGAAGUGCUAGCACACACCUUCUGAAAAAUCAAGGUUUCUCAGGUUGGGUACUGAAAAUUACUAGUCACAUCUGAAAAUCCUGGCCUUACACUGAAGUGUAAUAUUCUCAGUACAGACAUUUCUGACUCACUGUGUUUCUGAUAUGUUCAAAUCUUUUCAUGUUUGAAAUGUGGUUCCAGUCUGAAAAGUGACUUUGUGUUAGUGGCACUGUGGAGUUUGUGUAUUUGUGUCUCAUUUACUCCAUAGCAAAUUUGCUCCGUUCGCAAUUUAAAAAUGAAAAAAAAAUUGUUUCUAAUUCCUUGCCCUGUAAACAUAAGCUGGGAUCUCAGAGUCAAGCUGGGAUCUUUCCUUCUCCAUGUAUUAGCACUAGUAAUAAAUAUUCCACAGGGCAACUGAUGCCCUCCCAGGAUCUUUAUUUCUGUUGUAGUGUGUUGAAAAGGAAUGCCUCGACCUUAUUUAGACCCCAGACUAAGUUUGCAGAGCAGGGAGUUAGAAAAGAUAUGGUCUUACUUUCAACCAGAGAACAUUUUAUAUGGCAUCAUAAUACACAUGAACUCUAUGGGGCCAUUCCUAUACAGUUAUUUUUCAGAGAGGAACUAUGCUUUAAGGUCAUUUUCCUUGUCCUGCUACAGGUAAUUGUAAUAUUUGUUUCUGCUGUGCAUGCUGCUACCUGCUUAGUCCGGGUCACUACAGCAAAGGAAACACUGACUGGAGGCCCACCCCCAUGGCCUUAUUCUGAAUGAUUUGAGUUUGCCAUUAAACGUUCCUGAGCCAUGGCCAGUGUCUCUUCUGCCUCUAGAGACUGAACCUGCAAGGUGCCGAGCACUCUAGAGCGAUGCUCAGUGCCUGCAACUCCCAUUGACUUGACAAGGAAUUGAGGGUGCUCAGCUUCUCUACACGAUCAGCACCUUAUAAGACUCUGGGCUCUUAUUCUGUAAAGAGGAUUUUCAAUUGAAAGCAAAUGCAUCUGGUGAUGUGUUCCGUAUAGGUAUCUUCUUAAAUUGGUGGAUUUUCUGAUUUUUUGGCAGCUGUUUUGCAUUUUGACUGAUUUUCUGCACUAUUUAGGCCUUAUUAACAUAAAUUGCUGUUAAGCUGAUAAAACCUUGCUCUGAAAAUUGUACCUUUCUAAAACUCUGAGAUGGGCCUGAGCUGUGAUGCUUGUGGAUCCCAAAGUUUCUGGGUUUCAAUUCAGGCCAUCUCUGUUAAAGAUAUUAUGUUGCAUCGUGUAUAGUUCAUAAAUGCACUGCACGGUUAUCUACUAAGGAGUGUUAAUGUGAGUUGCAAAAUAUGUCCCAAGUGAAAAUGAUUUUGAGUGCUGUGCUGUAUCUCUGUUUAUGAAAAUCUUGUAUUUUUCCAAGUAGAAUUCCAGUUUGACUUUCAGUAAUGUUUAAUUAUGGUGGGGGUUCUUUUUAUGUAAAACAGAAAAUAUGUAUUUUUAAUAAAAUGUGUUUACAUACA